GCGCAUCUAUCUCACUCUAAAGCUCCGUCAGUGCGGCCAAAAGCAGCGGACAGAACCCUCGCGUGCUGGGAUAACCAUUUCUUUUUGCAAGUAUGUUUCGCUGUAUUUCAGUGGCGUGAUGCCGUUAUCGUCUAUGCAAAAUCCAUUCUAAAAGGUGUUCAAGCCUGCUGACCUCCACAUUUUAAGAAGGUGCAAAUGCCAAAAACCAUUAAAAGGGACUACCCUUUGAAUCUGCUACCUCAUCUGAGCAGGUGAGAAACUACACUUCGCCAUGGGGAACCAGCUGACCGAGAUGGCUCCCAAUACUUCCUUUCUGCCCGGCUUCCAGUCCCUGCAUGUGGUGGUCAUCGGCCUCGACUCGGCUGGCAAGACCUCGUUGCUCUACAGGCUGAAGCUGAAGGAGUUUGUCAAAACGAUUCCAACCAAAGGCUUCAACACGGAGAAGAUAAAAGUGGCGGUUGGCAGUUCCCGAGCCAUCAGCUUUCAGGUGUGGGAUGUAGGAGGUCAGGAGAAGCUGCGGCCCUUGUGGAAGUCCUACACCAGGAGAACGGACGGCAUGGUGUUUGUGGUGGACUCCACCGAGGUGGAGCGCAUGGAGGAGGCCAAGGUGGAGCUCCACAAGAUCACUCGCACCUCAGAGAACCAGGGAGUGCCCGUGUUGGUGCUGGCCAACAAGCAGGACCUGGCCUCGGCCCUCUCUGUGGGCGAGGUGGAGAAAGUUCUGGCUGUCCAGGAACUGAACGCGUCCACUCUGCGCCAUGUUCAGAGCUGUAGCGCUGUGGACGGACAGGGCCUUCAGACAGGUCUGGAGAAACUCUAUGAGAUGAUCCUGAAAAGGAAGAAGACGGUGAAGCACAGCAAAAACCGGAAAAGAUGAGCUCUCCUUCCAGUGGCCUCUAAGGAGAUUGAUCUUUUCCUGAGAAACUUUGAGCCAAGGUCCCUUUAAUGGAGGAGGGGAGGCAUUUUAGGGCAACAAAGGACUACUUCCAAUUCCAGAUGGCCCCUAGGGGUCAGGAGAAAUGGAUUUGACCUUAAUGUGACAUGAAGUAUUGACACGCUGUCUUUCAUACUUGUGCUAGCCGUGCAGUUGCCCUUUGUCUCCAAGGACUAUGUGAUGGGAGAAAUAGGAUGAAGCUGCCACAGAUUUGAUCUUAAGUUCAACUCACUACCCCGUAACAAAGUAUUAUAUUUACUUGAACUUUUAACUCCAGUUUUUGUGUAGGAAAACAACUACUGUAUGAAUCAAGUGAAAUGGUAUUGGCUUACGAUAGAAUGCCAAGGCAGUUGAAGUGUUAUUUAUUUUGUUAGCUUUGGAAUAACAAUCCUAAGUGCAUUCCCCUCAUACCACAGAGGCAGAAGUUCCAGUAACAUUGUGUUUCUACAAGUUGUACAUUUUUGUAAAGAAUGAAUAAAUCUAAGCAUU